AUGGUCAAUCACACCGUGCACUUCGACAUCACCGCCAAUGGCGAGCCCUGGGGCAACAUCUCCUACAAGCUAUUUGCAGACAAAGUUCCAAAGACAUCAGAAAACUUUCAUGCUCUGAGCACUGGAGAGAAAGGAUUUGGAUAUAGGGGUUCCUCCUUUCACAGAAUUGUCCCAGGAUUCGUGUGCCAGGGUGGUGACUUCACAUUCCAUAAUGGCACUGGAGGCAGGUCAAUUUAUGGAGAGAAAUUUGAGGAUGAGAAACUCAUUCUGAAGCAUACAGGUCCUGCCAUCUUGUCCAUGGCAAAUGCUGGACCAAAACAAAUGGUUCCGUUUUUUAUCUGCACCGUCAAGACUGAGUGA